UUUAACGUGGGUUUGUGUGCAGGCAUUUGUCCUACUUUUUAAAAAAGGAUGUGAGCCCGUAUGUACCUUUAUGCGAGAGAAGCACUGCGUGCACAUUUGUGGAUGGUUUAUCUGGCGUGGAGCAUGAGAAACUCCACAUCCCCUUUUUUGUGCAGAGCUCUGUAUGUACGCGCGGGUCUGUGAGUGUGUGUUUAUGUGCAUGUGUGUUUGUUUCAGGCGCUCACCAGGUUGGGUGCGUUAUACUGGGGGGUUCUUGCUGCAUCCAUCUGCCUGAAACUAAAAAGCCCCGAGCUGUCACUGCACAUUCCAGGGUUUUGAGAGAGACCGCGACGCUGGUGGAAACAACCUCUUGACGUCACUCACGAGAACAAAGGCAGCUCCUCUCGCACUUAAACCACAGCAGAGCCGCAAGCUUCCGUCAGACUCAUGACUGUCUGAGGGGACGAGGACCCACCGUGGCCCAUGCACUGUACCCGUUUCCCUCCCUGUCCUCCUUAUCCCUCAAGCUGACGCAAAACCCCAGACACCUACCCCCUCUUCCCCACCCCCACUCCCACCCCAUCCCCAGCGACUCGCCCCCUCCCGCCAUGGUGUCCGGCACGGAAACCGUGCACUACAUCCACCUUCACAACUCCAGCCAGUCGGUGCUGGAAGCCCUGCGCACGCAGCGGCGCGAGGGCCUCUUCUGCGACGUGACCGUGCGGAUCCACGACGCUUCGCUGCGCGCCCACGCCUGCGUCCUGGCGGCCGGCAGCCCCUUCUUCCAGGACAAGCUGCUGCUGGGUCACUCUGAAAUCUCUGUGCCGCCGCUGGUGCCCGCCGAAACCGUGAAGCAGCUUGUGGACUUCAUGUACAGCGGCUCGCUGGUGGUGCUGCAGUCGCAGGCCCUGUGCAUCCUCACCGCCGCCAGCAUCUUGCAAAUCAAGACGGUCAUCGACGAGUGCACCCAGAUCAUCUCUCAGAGGAAGGCAGCGGCCACGGCGGCGGCGGCGGCCGCAGCAGCGGCGGCCGCAGCAGCAGCAGCAGCAGGAGGAGGUGGAGGAGGAGGAGGAGGAGGCGGAGGGAUGCUCGGAGGAGUUCACCCCAAACAAGAAGAGCGUGGCGGGGGGAAAGGGAGAGAGAGUGGUGGUGGUGGUGGGAGCUGUUCGGUUGGCGCAGGUGGAGGUUACGCAAACUUCCCCAACUUCAUGGCCGAAUGCGCGGCCACUAACAUGGGCGGGGGGUUGGGGGGUGCCAGCGUCAGCGAGAGCGGCCCAGGCCCGAUGGAGCAAUCUAGCGCAGUGAGUCUGAUGGCACUGGGCGACAUGGGCCCCGGCUCCAUGUGCGGCGGCGAAGGACUGAGCUCCGGGGCCGCCGCCGCCAUCCUCAUGAAGCAGAGCCCCAGCUGCACUCAGGACGUCAGGUACAAGCUCCGAGACCUGUUGGCGCAGACGGCCAACGGAGCCAGCACUAGUAGCACAGGGAACCUCUCGGCGGGCUGCAGCUCCGGCGUGGGCAGCGUGGACAGCAUCGGCAGGGACAGCCUCCGCGGCAACACGACGGACCUCUCCGAUGACCUGGUGGGGAUGGACCGAUACAGCGAGGAGGAGGACUUGGACGGGAGAGAGCGGGGAAGAGACGGAGACAGAGACAGGGGGGCGGGCCACAGUCGCAAGCAGAGGCAGCCGCUGAGGCUCCAGGUGCUGGGAGGAGAAGGAGUGGUGGUGAAAGAUGAAGGGGUUCAGGACCCGGAUGGGACCGUCUAUGCCUUGGAGGACGGGAGCCGAGACAGACAGCAGGAGGGCUCCCAGGAAUCCAUGGCAGGCUUCGGACAGGAUUUCUACGACGAGCAGGGGGUGUUUUCGGAGAGCUUCUGGCCCCAGAGUGAGCCUCCGCAGGCCAUGGCUUUCAACCCCAGAGGAAGGGUCAACAAGCCUCUGACUCCGCCUCCAACCACGCAGUCCAUCAACAACCAGCUUCUCUUCCAGUACCCGGUGAGCCAGUCGCAGCCAGCUCCGUUCUAUGUGGGCGGGCCCAUGGGUGGGAUCGACAGCAUGGCGGGGACUGAGCCUCAGCAGGCCCCGCCUCCUGCGCCGAUGACCCCGGCCCCGCCUCCCUCCAACUCCUCCUGCUCUGCAGGCCCCUCCCCUUCCUCCCAGGGAUCUGAGACCUCGUUCGACUGCACGCACUGUGGCAAAUCUUUACGUUCCAGGAAGAACUACAGCAAGCACAUGUUCAUCCACUCUGGUCAGAAACCUCAUCAGUGCUCCAUCUGCUGGCGCUCCUUCUCCCUGCGUGACUACCUCCUCAAACACAUGGUGGUGCACACCGGCGUCAGGGCUUUCCAGUGCUCCAUGUGCGGCAAGCGCUUCACCCAGAAAAGCUCGCUCAACGUGCACAUGCGCACCCACCGUGCCGAGCGCACAUUCCAGUGCAACGUGUGCCACCGGGCCUUCACCCACCGCACCUUGCUGGAGCGCCACGCCCUGCAGCAUGCCCACCACGCGCCCCAGGGCCAAGGCCAAGGCCAGGGGCGUGGAGCCGACAUGACCUCACCUACCAAGCACAGUCCUCCGGCUCUGGGAGGGCCCUCAGGUAUGGCUGGCGCGGCUGGCAUGGUCGGCAGCAUGGCCAACAUGCCCAGCCACGGAGCUUCCUCCACCUAGAGAGAGAGAGAGAGAGAGAGAGAGAGAGUGAGGGAGGGGGAGACACGGCGGGGGAGGUCAGUGAACCCAUUCCUUGAACCGACACUUAUUUGGUCCUAACAGCCUUGUUGAUCUUUUGUUCUGGUGAGAACAGCGCUGACAGGUUCCCAUUGUUUUAGCUUAUCGACACCAUCGAUCAGGGUUCCUACACAGGGCUGGAAAGGCGUUUUUGAAGAUUAAAAAUGAUUGGAAUUGCCCAAGAAUCCUGGAAAAGUUUGUAAAAAAAAAAAUGUGUUGUGACAUUUGUUGCUGUGACGAAUGUAGAGCGACAUCGCCAGUAACCACAUACCUUGUUGAACAGCCAUCCAGAAUCCAGUCAAACCGUUAUUGUUUUGGUAGAAGCGAGUCUUAACCGUUGAAACCGAGAAUGUGUAGGAACCCUGUUUAAACGACACCAGAGAGUCACCAAAGAGGUUAGGAAUGCAGAACGGGUUUGGGAGUAGCUGAGGGCGAGGGGAGUCGUAGGGUUUCUAUGUGGAGGUGAUGGUGGGGUGGGUAUUGGGGUAAUAUGGAGAUGCAAGUUAGGGGAAAUUCGGGGAAGGAAGGGCUAGUGGGGAGGAGCGUUGCAGGUUGUUUUGUGUUUUUUACCCUCAAUUCAUUUAAUUCAAGUUGAAAAUUGGAGUUCAUUCAGUCCUGUUCACAAUCUAAUUUGUGAAGCACUUUGUUUAUCCCGAGAUCUCAGCAAAGUGGCCGAGGAAACGGUAUUAACCGAAAUAAUCCAGUAGCGCGUAUUAUCGAAACUUCUCCGGUCAAACGAUACCUGCAUUUGAUCAUUUUUGUAGCUACAUCUAGAAAAAAAUCCCCGCAAGCAUUCUUUCAACGGGAUAUCAUGACUUUGUGUAAACAUACACGCCACUUUCCACUUAAAGCCAAGUGGCGUGUUGUCUGUAUGCAUUUUGAGCUAUCCGCGUGUAUGUCUAUGCUCUGUACAGCGGACGGCAGUCUGAAACGUCACAGCGUAAACAUACACCGUGUGUUAUCGCCAGGCUACGGUUGGGUUUAGAAACGUCACACGCGGGUUGGGUUUAGGAAAAGAAGAAUGGGGUUGGGUUUAGGAAAAGAAGAAUGGGGUUGGGUUUAGGAAAAGAAGAAUGGGGUUGGGUUUAGGAAAACGACAAAUGUGGAGAGGAAACAUCACACGCAGGAAGCGAUCCCCGCUCUCCUGGGUGAAAGUCCUGUGUUUUACCCAUCCUCCACCCCGACCAACUUCCAACUCAACGUCCAACUACGCGGAUUGCAAGGCAAUGUAAGUCAAUGGAGGCCAAACGGCGUUGAUAAGCACGCUAAAAAAUGACUAUGCGUCUUGAUAACACGCCAAUAAUGGCAUACGAAUUGGCGUGUCAUACAUACGCCACCUCGUGAGAUCAGUCUGAUUCUUUGAUUGAAUGCGAUGCGUGAUUGGCCCACUACAGAGUUGGCAGUUCAGCGUGCCGAGAUGCCACCAAAACGUCCGAUAUUAUGGCUACAUGCGAGAAAGAUUAUUUCAAAUGAAGUACUGUAUCAGUAUCACUUUAACAGUACUGGUAUUGGCACUGGUAUUGGCAUUUUUUAAGUGAUACCCAGCACUACAUAAGAGGCAAUUGCUAGAGUUGAAAGUGUUUCAACUUGAACAAAUUUGCACAUAUCCCAAAGCUGUUUUACUCCACUCCAUGAAAGUAGAUAAAAGAAAGAUCAGGUCAGAAUUUUUAGUAUGGAUUUGUCUCCGCUGUAGUCCAAUGUGUUUUUCCUGUCUGUCUGUGGCUAAAAACACACUUUCAAAUUCUCUUAAAAAGGAAAAUUUGCUUCCCAUUCAGUUUUAAACAAACCUUAAGAGCCUCAUAGUUUUUCAAGUUUUCCCAUUUUUGAAUAUAUAUAAAAAAAAAAAAAAAGCACGUCCUGAAUUAA